AUGACGUGGACCAUUCGAGACAAGAUCCCGACGCUCACAUUAUGCGACAUAUUCUGCCACAUUGGAGCCAUCAUUGAGCAAGUGGUCUCGGUUCACUCAGGCCUUGGAUCCCUCAACAAGUUCGUCUUCGACAGGAAUGCCGCUAUCGGAGUCAAGGCCCCAGACAGGUACGAAGAGAUCGCAAGCAAAUACGAGUCCCAAGACCUAGCCACAUACCUACCAGAUGGCACCCACCCGACGAUCGUCGCGGGCUACAAGCAGAAACAGCGCGUCUACACGGCCGCGAUGCGCUCCCGGGUCGUAUCCUUCCUCGAGUACAUGAUGUCGGGCAGCCCGACCUACAGCCCACAGAACGUGCACCCGGUCAGCCGCGGGACCAUCGCGGGCAACACCACGGACCCGGAGGCGGAGGUGGUCGUCGGCUACCGCGCCGCGACCAACCUCGUCGACGUCGACCUCAUGGUCGAGCAGAUCAUGUUCUUCCGCCGGUUCAUGACCGCGGGGGUGUUGGCGCAGUACAACGCUACCGAGUCGGUGCCGGGCGCGGAGGUCCAGACAGGACGAGCAGCUCGCCGAGUGGACACGGGGUUCUAUCGUGCCGAGCGUAAUCUCAGCGUGCCGGACGCGAGUAUCAUGCCGACUAUCGUGGGCAGCACGACGAGCAUGACGGUCUAUACUGUUGCUGAGAAGUCCGCUGAUAUUAUCAAGACUCGGACAGAGGUGUGA